AUGGCCGUAGCCGCCGUCACGAACACGUCGCCCGCUUUACUGAUACUCAGCCACCUCAACUUCAUCCUUGAAAUGUUCGGGGAAUCGGGGAAAGGAGGGAACUGUUUAGUUACAGAUCCAAGCGAACUGAAUUGUCGUUUUGACCAUGUUUGCCAUUGGCUUAAUGGAACAAGCGGCCUUGAGGACGACGGUCAGUGGUCGUUGGCUACAGCAAUAUCGCUGAACCCUGCGGACAUUCCGCAUACAUCUUACGUAAAAACCAAUCAGAAAUGUUCCCGGGAACCGGAAAGGAAAGUCGAUCAGCAUCUGAAGCACACGAUUAACCAACCAAGCAUGAUCACAUUUUCAUACUGGCGCAGCAGCGUGCUGGCAUUACUGAAGGUGUGUACGCGCCAGCCCUCCGGAUUUUCUAACCCCAUUCACUGCAAAUGGGACUCCAGCGUCUACGAGAUUAAAGAUAAUCGAUGGCAGUCAGCAAAGCUCCUCAUUCCGGCAAGUUAUACUUCAUUUGAGGUAAGGUCAAUCAUACUACUUUUUGAUAAGCCAGCUGAAAACUACGGAAACACUGAUCACCGAAACAGUCCAACUUUACCGCCAAAGGAUCAAGACAGUUUUAAGUCUCAUGUGCUUUUGGACAAUACUGGACCGAUUCAAACCUUCGAACUAAUGUUGAAUACAUUCAAGUGUCCACAAAUUGCAUGUGCGUUUGACAAGGAUAUGUGCUUAUUCUACGGUCGCCGAAAUGCCUUCAAGCAAUCCAGGAGCAGAGUCGGAUACAGCGUGUUCGGCAUCGAAUCUGAUUUCUCAGGAACCGGUGGUUUUGCAUACGCAUCCAGUUCGAUAGCAGAUCGAAAUACUUUUAUGCUGUUCUCUCAGCCAUUUUUCACUGAAGCUGAAGGCGUAAUAACGUUUCAGUAUUAUCUACCAAACACAACUGGAACCUUAACUUUCUGUGAUCAGGACAUAUGCAAACUGAUCGCACGAAAUUCCCAAACAACUGCUUCCAGGAAUUUAUUCCGGUGGAAAAAUGGCAAAACUCAAAUCAAACACUUUGAAAUGGUGCUACAUCACGUCGGUGAAUUGGAAGGACAGCCGAAAGGCUACUGCUUUGUGUCGUACGCGUCCAUGUCGAGUGCCGAAAACGCGUUGCAAAAGUUGAGUGGAGCCCCGCCUGCUAAACUGGUCCCUGUUCCAUCAGGCUUAAACCUGCGUCCGAAAACUUUGCCGAAGAAUGAGGAAGUUCGUAGGAACAAGAUCGCCGCGAUCGAAGCCAAACUGGCAGAGAUGAACACACCUGACUUCGAAAGUGGACCAUGUAGAGCACGCUUUUUUCUCUGCAAGCCUGCAAGAGAAGAAAGAUCAUUUUGUCAUGCAAAUACCAAAUUGAUGGUGCCUCCGAACCCAUAUGAAAAGUAUUUAAAUGUCAGAAAAGAGAAACCGCAUGGCACCGGUCGCCGAAAAGUCGUCUAA